AUGGUCGACGCAGUCUCGUACGUCAAAAUGUUCUUCCGGUCCGUCUUCUCCGUCUUCAGCCCGUCAACCUCCACGGUGUGGCAGAACAACAUUGCCUACUCAAUCACACUCCACAAUCCUCGUGUGCUGCUCUACCGUGGGCCCGAGACAUACGUUACGUUUUCCAUUUACGCACAAGCCUAUUCCGCUGACGCGCGCAAGCAGCUCGAGUCGCUUUCCACCGGUCAGCUCAGCGAUGUAGUGAAGGCGACGAAUGUGCAGCUGGUGCAGAAGGGAUGGAUUGCCGGUGCGAUUGGUUGGAACGCAGCUGGAUAUCUCGGUGUAGGCACCAAGAAGGGCUGGGAUGUCACGCCCGCAGGAAGGGCGGCUUGGAAGGAUACACAGGCAGAGGCGUCGGGACUGUCUCUGAAACAGCAGGAGGACGAGGACUACCACGAAAAGCCUCAACGCGGCGGCUACAAAGCCACCGCAGAGAAUGAAGAGUACGAGAUGCAAACGCUUGGCAAAACUUCGAGUGAGCCACAUCAAGAAACUCGACACAUUGCUCUCAAACGCAAGGAAAAGAUCGACAAACAGAUCCGUGCGCAAUCGUCAACCAUCGAUACCGUCGACACUGCGUCUUCGUCGUCAACGCGCGUUUUGGGCACGUACAAGUGUCGCAUUCCUGUGGAAACCGGCGACGGCUACUUCCGCUUUUGGGUCACCUUCCCCUCUCCCGUUUCGCGCGCCUCAAUCGGAAUCGGCAGUCCCACAUUCCGACUGUUCUCUCUAAGCCUCACCUCGGCCUCGCCCCGAGGUGCAGCUCUCCUGCCCGUCCCUGUCAUCGUCCCCGAACUCGUGCUGCGAAGCGUUUCCAUCGCCCUAACCACGCUUGUCUACGGUCUCUUCCCAGUCGCUACGAUCAUCGACAAGCUCUUGCCAAGGUGGAUGUCGAGGAGAUUCAUCGACUGGGUCUACACCAGGGUCGGCGCCAAAAAUAAGGCGGAUCAGUUGAGACAGAAGUAUCAGGUCGACAACAAGGUCGAACAGGCAAAGGAGCAGGUGAAAAAGGUCCCAUUCGCAAGUGCCGGUAUCAGAACCGAUUGGGAUCUCGAGAGGGAUGCACAGAGGGGAACGGGUGGAUGGGCGUACCACUGGUGA